AUUAUUUUUGUUUGAGUUUAUGAAGGCCCAACUAAAACUCAGUAAUGAAAAAUAUUUAAUUGAACUUGCAUUUUGUUAGUCACCGAAGGAAACUUACUGAUAUAAGUUUUUCAUUUUUUUGCAUAUCAAUGACAGUGGUCAUAAUAUAUUGAACAUGUGAUUUAAUUUUUCGCAAAAUUUCCUUUUUAAUUUAAGUAAUUUUGGAAUAAAUUGUUUUUCCGAAACAUAAAAUCUGAAAAUUUCUGAUGUAAUCAAUCAAAAUCACUGGAAUGAAAAAGAACUUCGAAUCUACGGUAGUAAAGUAAAAGCACACUACAAAACACGUUAUCUAAGGAUUCCAUUUAGUAAGGCUGUAGAAACGACAGUUGGCAGAUGUAGGGAAGCCAAGACAGCAAACAUAAGGUGAGAGAUCACGUGGUGUGAAGGAGAAGGAGGCGUUGGUUUUUUAUUGGACCGACCAGUUUGCAUCGUUUCUUGUUCCUUCGUAUACCCCAAACAUCAAGACUUGUCCACAUGCCAAUGACCAGCUUAUUACUUUAUGUAUAGACUCAUAUCUCUUUUUUAUAGCAAAUAUAGAUCAAUCAAAGCAAAGCUCUGUAAUCUAGAGAAUCGGGAGAGGAAGAAGAGUAAUGUCAUGCAGUAUGGGAUCUUCAUCAUCAUCUUGUUUUAAUGUGUUACUCAUCAUGAGCCUUAUGGUUCUGAGUUUGUCGGCUGAUGCGUACAAGAACUACACUGUGGGUGAGUCCAAAGGAUGGUUCGAUAUCCAGGAGAGACCCUCUGUAAACUAUCAGAAAUGGGCUGAUUCCAAAUCCUUUUCUUUGGGUGAUUUCCUCAUAUUCAACACAGAUAGCAACCAUUCAGUGGUGCAAACAUAUGAUUACAAAACAUACAAAUCAUGCGAUUACAACAAUAAUGAAGACAAUAGUACAAGAGAGUGGUCAGCUGCAAAACCUUCAGCAACAUCUCCAGUUCCGGUCUCGGUAAAAGUUCCUCUUGUCAAAGAAGGUUCCAAUUAUUUCUUCUCAGGAAACUAUGAUGGUGAACAAUGCAAAUUUGGACAGCAUUUCAUGAUAAAUGUAACACAUGGUCAAGGCCUACCAUCACCAGAUGAAGAUGAUGAGACGGCCCCUGGACCAGGCCAAUCCUCUCAAUCCGGUGAUGAUGAUGAAGUUGCUCCAGAUACCAUAGUUCCUGCCAAUUUUGACCAUCCUAAAGAUAUUGAGAGUGAUGAUGAUGAUAGUUUGGUUAAGGGUCGUAAAAAUUCUUCUUGCAUAGCAAAAUACAAUUUGGUAUGUUUAGUUUUUAUGGGGUUCUUGGCAUCAUUCUUUUAGUCAAUUCUCCUUCGGUUCUGAUGACUACAGUUUUUGUAUGUGUAAUAUAAGCAUUCUGUUUCUUGGAGUUAUAAUAAUAGUUACAAAAUUAUAAACAUAGAAUAUGUGUUUCUGGAGGUGUAAUACUAAUUAUCUACUGAAUUUUUUUUAAUCAGUUACAAUGCACUGAUUUAGUUC